UUCAUCUGCGAUGGGUUUGGAGAAGAUGAAAUUGGAGAGGUAACUUCAGAGACUAGUAGGUGGAAUUUGUUGAUCUUUCUUGUUUCUUUUUGUACUCCGUUGUGUCUUCUGCUUAGUAAGGAGAUCGAAGAGUUGAAGCUUGUGAAAAAGAGAGCUGAUGAUGAAGUUGAAGAUUUCAAAGGAAUUGGAGGUUCAAGGAAGAGAAUUGCUGAAUGAGAAGGUUGAAUUGGGGGGAGAAUUGGAAAAUUGUAGAACCCAUUGUUAGAGGGUAUAGAUUGAGAUAGCAGAUUAUGAGUCUAGAGAUGGAAAUGGAUCUUAGGGAGAAGAGGAGUAUAGGAAGAUGGAGAGUGAGGAGAAGGAGAAGAGUGUGAGACUAAGCAAGGAGAUUGAAGUGUGGGAAGAAGAGAGCUGAGGAUUUGAAGGUCAAUUGUAAUGAGUUGGAUGUUCAAUGAAGAGAGUUUCUGAAUGAUAAUGUUAAAUUGAGGAGAGAUUUAGAAGAUUGGUAGAAGCAAGAGUCAUAUUUUGUUAGUGCGGCUUAAUGGGAGUGUUGGGCUAGAUGGGUUGAUUGAGAGAGCUCAGAGGAGAACAUAAACAUGGAAAUGGAUCACAUUUUGAAGUUUUCAUAAAAAUGGAGAAAACAAUGUUACCCAAGGAAUGGUGAAAUUGCCAAUAGAGAUCUUAUCGGACAUCCUGAUUCGGUUGCCUGUAAAGUCAAUUGCACGAUUCAGACAUAUUUAGUUUGUAGAUUCAUGGUGAGCAGGGAAAGCUUGUAUUGGGGAACUUCUCGGCUUCAUGUUUCUUUUGGAAUUCGAUCGAGGACUCCACAGUCGUUAAUGGCUGGAUUUAUGCGGAUGGGUGUAAAGGAUGGUAAUUGGUAAGUAUGUCAUCCGACAUGUUUGUGAGGAUUAGGAUGAGCUCAGUACAUAUGGAUGGACUAGUUGUAAUGGACAGGACUAUGAUAAUCAAGUUAUUGAUGACCAUGGAAUGACCUUGACCACUAAAUUUUUGAAAAUGAAAGAAGAUGGGAAUGGCUAUGGUGGGGGACUGGGCAGUUCGUUUUAAUGCACGUGUUGACAACGUUGGCAGAGAAAAAUUGGAUAUGCGUGAUUCAUCUCUUUUGGCAUAUGGAUCAGGCGAGGAUACUGGUGGUUGGGAACUGCAUAUUGAUCCAACAGAUGACUUGGAAAUCCACUAUUCUGGUUUUAGAACUCUUCAUUCUCACAAUUUAGCUGAAGUUGUCCAGAAUGCUUAUGGAUCCCAUGCAACACAGGUGGGUCUACUGCAGCCAGACGCAUCUGCAAACUCUCCUAAUACUUUGGCGUUUCAGAUUUCUGCAAAAUUUCCUGUCAGAGCAGAUAUUGGUUUUGUUUCUGAGACUGGCUUACAAAGUUCGAGAGCUGCAGAACGUGUGAAGAAUAUCACAGGGAAGCAACUGAGUAAUACACUGAUUGAGAAACAGAAACAGUUUGAUGAAAAGUUUAACAGGUUCUUCAAUCUUACAGACAAGGUCAGUUGCGGAGCAGUGACUGUGGGUAGGUGGUAAAUUUAACUGGUGGUAUUGGCGACUUCUACGGCCAAUCAAAAAUUUCCCCUACUCUGGAUAUGAGAGUAAAUUGUUAAACUAAACUGUUUUAUUUUUGUAAGAAUUCAA